UUUAAAACCUGGAUUCCAGCCCCAGCUGGUUAGUCCCGUGAGACGCGAGUAGCUGGGGUGAGCUGGAUAGUUGUCUGCGAGGGGCGGCAAGGGAGCAGGAUUAGCCAUGUCGUCUUUGAUCAGAAAGGUUAUCAGCACCGCGAAAGCCCCAGCGGCCAUUGGUCCCUACAGUCAGGCUGUGUUAGUCGACAGGACCGUUUACAUUUCAGGACAGCUAGGCAUGGACCCUGCAAGUGGACAGCUUGUGCCAGGAGGGGUAGCAGAAGAGGCUAAACAAGCUUUAACAAACUUGGGUGAAAUUCUGAAAGCUGCAGACUGUGACUUCACAAAUGUGGUAAAAGCAACUGUUUUGCUGGCUGACAUAAAUGACUUCAGUACUGUCAAUGACAUCUACAAACAAUAUUUCCAGAGUAGUUUUCCUGCGAGAGCUGCUUACCAGGUUGCUGCUUUGCCCAAAGGAGGCCGUGUUGAGAUUGAAGCAGUAGCUGUCCAAGGACCUCUCGUAACAGCAUCACUCUAAGUGGGCCCAGUGUUAUUUAGUCUGGAAUUUUAAUAAUGUUUUUAAAUUAAUGUCUUAAUUUUUAUAAUCUUUGUUGGAAACUACAAGGUUGACUGAAACAUUUGAAGUUAUUAUGGAAAUACCAUCUAUAAAGGGACUUGAACAUGAAUUGAAGAUUAAUGAUGAAUCUAGUUACUGAUGUUAUAAAUUACACUUCUCUAACACUCAUAUCACUGGAUAUGGGAAAAGAGACACGCAUUACAUAGUUACUCAGAAAAAUAAAAAUAAAGGGAAAUAACACGUAGGAGAGAUGAGUUAAUAUUCCUGAGAAAUAAUAAAAAGCACACCUGAUCCAAUUAAACCCUAUUAAUUUAAUCAUGUGAAAUAUUUAGUUAUGUCAGAUACAUGAUUCUGCUUUUACUUGAGUAAAAUUAAAGCAUUUAAGUUUGUAUGGUAGAAGUAAAGGAGAAGAAACUGGACCAAAUUUUAUAGAGAUAUUUUUCUAAUGGAAAUAAAAUAGCAUGCAGAUUUUCCUUAGUGUGAUUCUGUUCACUUGUUUUUUAACUGUUAAUGUGUACACUAAAUCCCAUUACCUAAAUAAAGGUGGGGGAACUAUGAAGUUUGAACUCCAACUAUUUUUUUCUCAAAGCUUACUUUUGACUUCACAUUUUUACAGUGUUGCAAUAAGGCUACCUUUAACCAUUUUGUGUUUGUUCUUUGAAGUCUUUUAACAUUUUAGAAACUACUACAUGAAUAUCUCCUCAUAGUAGAAUAAGUUCCAACACAGAAUUAUAUAGAUUAAAAGUAAAGGUCCCCUCCACUCACUGUCCAUUCCACUUACCUCCCCAAAGAAGAUCACAGCAGAGAGUUUUGAGUGUAACCAGCAGAUAGUUUUCUGUGCAUUACAUACUUGAUCAUCUAGUUUGGUUUUGGUUUGUUUACAUAAAUGGAGCUUUACUGUAUAUGUUAUUCUACAGAUUGCUUUCUGCUUGUCUUAAAGGUCUUCCAUAUAAAUACACAUUGAUCUACCUUAUUUUUAAAACUGUUGAGGUCUUUUGUGUAGAUAUAUCUUAGGUGAUUUAACUAUUGCUCCAAACAAUUCCAUGUUUGCAAGAUUGUGUCAAUGCUUUUGUAACAUUCUACCUACACACACAACAUUUUACAUGUACCUAUUUGUUUGAGGUAUAUGUAAAACAUAUUAGUAAGACAUUUGUUUUAGAAAUGGUCAUGCUAAUUUGAAAAGUUUGGUCAACCAAAAGAUAAUAUUAGAAGCACUUGAGAAGAACAGUUUUAACUAGAGAUGCAUUAAUACGUCUUUUGUUACCCGGACAUUAUUGACUGGAGACUUAUCAAUAUCACUUACAUAACAAAUCACUCGCCACACACAUUAGUUUCUGCAAAAAAUAGCCCGGUCAAUGAGUUUAAGAGCACAGACUUUCGGGCUUCUCUGGUGGCGCAGUAGUUAAGAAUCCACCUGCCAGUGCAGGGGACACAGGUUCAAUCCCUUGGCCAGGAAGAUCUCACAUGCGGCCGAGCAAAUAAGCCUGUAUGCCACAACUACUGAGCCCAUGCACUGAGAGCCCAUGCUCCACAACAAGAGAAGCCACUGCAAUGAGAAACCCAUGCACUGCAACAAAGAGUAGUCCCUGCUCACCACAACUAGAGAAAGCCCAUGUGCAGCAAUCAAGACCCAAUGCAGCCAAAAAUAUAAAUAAAUAAAUAAUAAAAUAAAUCUUUAAAAAAAAAAAAGGACUGGAUUCCAGAACUAUGAUUAGAACUGGAUCUCAACAACUCACAUGUCAUUAACUGAAGGGUGUAUAAAUUAAAAAAAAAAAGAGUACAGACUUUGGAGUAAUUCUAACGGGGCUCAAGGCCCAGAUCUACCACUUAUUAGCUCUAUGAUUUUGAGCUAGUUAUUUAACCUCUUUAAGUCUCAGUUUGCUGAGAAGUAAUCACUGCACCUUCUCAAAGCAAUGUAAGAACCAAAUAAGAUAACAUAUAUGGAAAGUACUUAGCGGUGUGUCUAGCAUACAGCAAAGGCUCAAAAAAGCUAUCACUAUUCAGCAAUGUUUAAUAAUUGCCAUAUAGAAUAAUGAGCUAGAUGGAAAAGUUUCUGCUAUUUAGAUAACUAAAUUUAUUAACGAAAGAUAAGGAUGAGGAUUCUUAAACAGGUAGAGUUAGGGAGUAUAGCACUGUGAUUUGAUAAAAUAAGAUUAGGCGCUGAAAAUUAUUUUAGACAUUUUAACAUGAAGUAGUAUAGUACAGUUGUUAAGGGCAUAGACUCUGGAGCCAAACUACUUGAUUUCAAAUCUUAUUCUACCACUUAUUAGCAACUCUGAGCUAGUUACUUAAAUUCUCUGUUCUGUUUCUUCUGUAAAAUAUCUUCUUUGUUUCAUCUAUAAAAUGGGGAUAUAGUUGUUGUAAGAAAUAACAUAUAUAAAACACUGGCAUAUAGCUAUGAGGAUAAUGAUAGAAACCUUUCUGAUAUUUGGCAAUAAAAAAUGAGGGAAUUCCCUGGUGAUCCAGUGGUUAGGAUUCAGCACUUUCACUGCCAUGGCUCAGGUUCAAUCUCUGGUCGGGGAAACCAAGAUCCCACAAGCCAUGUGGCAUGGCCAAAAAAAAAAUAAGCUAUCAAGUCACAAAAAAGACAUGGAGGAACCUUAAAUGCAUGUUACUAGAUGAAAAGUCAAUCUGAGAAGAUUACAUACCGUAUGAUUCCAACUAUGUGACAUUCCAGAAAAGGCAAAACCAUGGAGAUAAUUAAAAGAUCACUGGUUGGUAAGAGUGAUGGAGGAGAUAGGGAGGGAUCAAUAGGUGAAGCACAGCAGAUUUUUAGGGCAGUGAAACUACUAUGUAUGAUCCUGUAACAGUAGGUACAUGUCAUGCAUUUAUCAAAAACCACAGAAUGUCCAACACAAAGAGUGAACCCUGAUGUAAACUAGGGGCUUUAGUUAAUGUGUCAGUAUUCAUCAGUUGAAACAAAUGUACCACACUAAUUAAAGAUGUUAAUAAUUGGGGAAACUGCAGUGGGGAGGAGUAUUUGGGUACUUUUUGUACAUAAAAAUGCCCUAGAAAAUGUAAACCUUUUUUUUUUAUGGACUGUAGUAAUGCAGUCUGUGGUAGAGUGUUAAGUGAAAUGUCUUUUCCUUUUCAGUUAAAAAAUGGUGCUCAUAGUUAACUGGUAUUGCCUAAAAAUAUACAGAUUUAGGAAAAUCAGCAAGUGGCAAACACCUCCCCCCCUCACCCCUUGCAAAGUGUGCUUGGAGAAAUGUUGGCAGGUGAUGAAAUUUGUCUAGGACAGUACCUGAGUUUAUGUUACCCAUCAAAACCGGUUUAUUAUCAACUACUUCACUCUUAUCAAAGAAGCUAUAUACUUUAUAUGCAUGGUUUGAACAAUAAUAAAAUGAACAUCUACAUACCAAAUCCAGCUCAAGAAAGGAACAUCACCAAUACACUGGAAGCUCUAUAUAAGCCAUCACCCUCACUUCCUCCAAAGGUAACUACAGUCCUCAAUUUAUGUUAAUUAUUCUUGCUUGUAUUUUUUAAAAUUAUUUUUAUUUAUUGGCUGUGUUGGGCCUUCGUUGCUGCACGCUUGCAGAGAGCAGAAGCUACUCUUCAUUGGGGUAAGCAGGCUUCUCAUUGCGGUGCCUUCUCUUGUUUCAGAGAACAGGCUCUAGGCACGUGGGCUUCAGUAGUUGCAGUGCAUGGGCUCAACAGUUGCGGCACAUGGGCUUAGUUGCUCCUCAGCAUGUGGGAUCUUCCCAGAGCAGGGCUCAAACCCAUGUUCCCUGCAUUGGCAGGUGGAUUCUUAACCACUGCACCACCAGGGAAGCCCUCUUGCUUGUCUUUAUAGUUUUGCCAUUUAGAAGUUAUGCAUUCAAAUAAGAAGUUUUGAUUUAGUUUUGCCUGAUUUUAAAUUUUGUAUUAAUAAAAUACAGAAUACAUUUGUCCAACCUGUUUUCACUUAAUAUUAUGGUUUAAAAUUUUUUAAACAUCUUCUAAUACCAAGCAGAUACAAAAAAAGGUUGACCACCCACAUUCCUACCACACAGUUUGAGAACAAGAACAUUCUUACUGCUAUAGAAGACCAGAUAUGACGCUCCAAUCCUGUCCCCUUCCUUCCCGUCUCAGAGGAAACCUAUGUCCUGAAUUUUGCAUUUAUCAUUUCUUCUUUCUUCUGUUAUUGUUUGAAUUAUUAAAUUAGUUUGCAUUGUUUUUUGUUUUUAAAGGAAUGUCAACAUGUCACCAUUGAGUAUGAAUGCUUGCCAUUGAUUUUUUAUAUAUUCCUUUUAUUAGAUUGAGAGUUUCCUUCUAGCCCUACUUUACUAAAAGCCCUUCCUUCCUUCCUUCCUUCCUUCCUUCCUCUCUUCCUUCCCUCUCUUCUUUUCUUCCUUCCUUCCACAAAUACUUAAUAAGCCAGGUAUUGUCAUAAGUGCCAUGAAUUCCACAAUAAACAGCCUAAAAUUCUGCUCUCAGGGAACUCAGACAAACAAAACGAGUAAAUUAUAUACUAGGGAAAUAUAUUUAUCAUAGGGACAGGAAAUAGAUUAGAGCUUACCAGAGGUGGGGAGUAGCAAACUAUGGGGACCUAUUGCUUAAUGGGUUACAGUUUCUGUUAAAAGAGAUGAAAGAGUUUUGGAAAUAACUGUGAUGGUUGCACAGCAUUGUGAAUGUAUUUAGUGCUACUGAAUUGUACACUUAAAAACAAUUAAAAUGAUACAUUCUGUUAUUUAUAUUUUACCACAAUUUUUUAAAGUAACAAAGAAAAACCAGACACAAAAAACUACGUUAAAUUGUUAAGAAGCGAAAAGCAAAGCAAGGGGAGUUGGACAGUAUUGGGGAUUGCAGGCUUAAAAGGAUCAGUGAGAAGGUGACAUCGGAGUUUAAAACAGUUGUUGAAAUUCAUUGAAUUUUUUUCUGUUAUCUAUGAGGUGAUCAUAUGAUUUUUCUCAUUCAGUUUGCUAAUAUGGUAAAAUACAACUAUAGUAAUGAAUUUUUUAUAAUGUAGAACCAACCUCUCAUUCCUAGAUAAAUUCAACUUGCUCAACAUAUAUAUUUAUAACAUAUGUUUCAUACACUCAGCUUCAGAAUGAUGUAUUUUGUUUAGGAUCUUUACAUUUAUGGUCAUCAGUGAGACUGGCUUUCUUUCUUCAUAAAAGAGUUUAUAGUUGUAAAUAUCUAUCCUUGAAUGUUUAAUGGAGUUUACCUAUAAAACUGUUGGGGCUUGGUAUUUUCUUUGGGAAAAAAUUUUAAACUACUGAUUCAGUUUCUUUCAUGGUAACAGAAACAUUCAGAUUUUGCAGUCUUUACUUCAGUCAGUCUACAUUGUUGUAGAAUUUAUUUGCACACUUCAUAAAGAACCAUUUUUUGGCUUUUUUAAUUCUUUCUAUUAUCUUUCUUUUCUUCAGCAUUAACUUUUCCUAUAUUUAAUAUUUUCUUCAGCCCAUUUAUAAGACACUUCUUUCUACUUUUAAUAUUAAGACUCUUAUUUGCAUGUGACAGAAACCCAACUCAAACUAGGAUAAGUGGAAAAAAAGAGGAAUUCAUGGGCUCUCGUAGCAGAGAAAUCCAGAGAACAGCUGGCCUUAGACAUGUGUGUUCCAGAAACCUCCCAGCUCCAUCUGUCUCUUAGGGGAAGAUGCUGCAGGCCCCGACAUACAGACCACCAAGGAACUAACCCUAGCAGAAAGACAUCGUUUCCUGAUAUCUCUGGCAGGAGAGUCUCAGAGAAGCCUCUGAUUGGCCCAGGACCCAUUCCUAAACCAAUCACUGUAGCUAGGAAAUCAGACACUACUCUGGCCAGUCAGGGUCUAAGGGGCAUUGUUAUAGAUAGGUCAUAACUUCAGAUUCUAACCCUACCAUGAGAAAGCUAGAAAUAAAGUGCUGGUAUCCAAGUUAAUUGAUUUGUUAGUGGCUGGGUUGAGAUUUUGAGUCUUCUUUCCACACUUAAGGAGAAUUACAGUUUUGUCAAGUGUGAAAAAGAACACAUUGCAUGUUAGCCUUUCAAACAUAAAGAAAUAGCAAUCUCUUUGAAGUGUGCUGUUAAAUAAAUGAUCAUAAGAUGUCUAAAGAGUCACCCAUAUUUCCCUGCUGUUGUCAUACUCCUUACCUUUGAGGGAGUGUGUAAUUUAAAAAAUGCUUUUCUUUCUGAAGGACACAAUGUGUCAAAAGUAGUAUACUUCUAUAACAAAAACUCAAAUACAGAGAAAAGCUUUUAAACACUUUAAUAACAUUCAAUCAAAAUUGUAAAUAUUGAACCAGCAGUACAAACUGAUUUUAUAAAAGUUUUGGCCAUAUUUUCCCUAUAGCCAAUUAUAUUCAGUUCUGAGGAAAUUAUAAUGAUUGUAUAAGAGUAAAGAACAUUUGUCAACACCAAGUAUUUAGAGUGUGAAAUCUGUACUAGGCCCUGUACGGCACUUUUCCUGCUCUCCAAAGAGCUUACAAUCUUUUCGCUAACAUUUGGUCAACAAUCAGAAAGCAUGAAAAAUAACUUCAAAUAAAAUUUUUAGUUUCAGUGUUUUUUCCCCAAGACAUCAAAAAAUUAGUUAUCAUAAAUUGUGGUCAGCUAAGUGCUAAUAUAUUUGGGCAUAAUCGCUCUCUCUAUAACACAUCAAUGUUUACUAAUACAGCAAGUAUUAUUGGAACAUUCUCUGUAACCUACUAUCUCCAAUAGAUUCCAAUGGGAAAAAUCCAGAAGUGUUGUGCUCAGCGGUUCAACAGACACAAAGUCCUGUUAAAAGCUGGGCUUUGGCUAACUUGCUAUUGCAACAUUAAAGAAAUAAUAAUCCCUGAGAUACAUCAACAUGAUUUUUGACUGACUGAAUUACGUGUAAUGUUGGAUUUCCUCUUUUUAAAGUUUAUAUUUUCUGAAGUUUCUACCAUGAACAUGUAUUCAUUUUUUACUAAGA